AUGGCAGAAGCGUCCAGCCAGACGCCGGCCACGGUGUCGACUCCCUCGUCGUCGGCCGCCGGCACCGUGACAGGACCCGGCCAAGGGCCUCAAGGCUCUGCAUCGCACGAUCACUCGGUCAAUGGCAGCCAGAACGGCCUCGACAGCACCAUGGACUCGUCGACCAAGGCUCCCAAGGACCGCAACUGCCCAUUCUGCAACCAAGCCUUCACCUCUUCCUCCCUCGGCCGCCAUCUGGAUCUCUACAUCAAGCCCAAGAACCCCAAGCCGGCCGAUGGCAUCCACGACGUCGAAAAGAUCAAGGUCAUGCGAGGAGGCAUCACGAGACGCCAGCCGAGAAACAGUCUGAGGGCCAGUGCCAACAACAACAGCAGACUACAGCACGACGAUGAUGCUGCCAGCGACCGCGGCACCCCGACCGGCCACCCCGUCAACAUGCGCGACUCCCGUUUCGGCCUCAACACUGCAAACUGGCAGAGCACCGGCGUCAUCAACAACCUGCCGCCUCGCAUGUCCGAUGUCUCGUCCAACCACAUGAGCCCUGCCCAGUUGCAGCGCUCCUCGCAACAAAAAGACCAAGAAUCCUUCGACAAUGCAAAGGCUGCCGAGUUGGCUCUGCGUGAACUCCUCGACAGUCUCGAGGCUGCCAGACGCAGAGUCUCACACCAGGAUGUGUUCAACUUCGAUUUUUGCUCCAUGAACUUCCCAUCGCUCUGUCUGCAUGCGCUCCCUGCUCCCCAAACUCUCUUCUCCAUGACACCCUUUGCCAGCAGCGACUCGUGGUCCCUCGACGUUCCCUCGGAUGCCCAGCUUGAUGCCCUCCAACGCCAGAUCACACAACGUGUCCAACAAAAGCCUACGCCCACUCCCGAAAAAGAUGUACGCAGACUGCAGAUGCAUCUGCAGGCCGCCUGGAACAAUUGGUCUCCCCUUUCGGACAAAGACAAGAGCUCGACUUGGGGAAUUGAGAUUUUGCGUGCCUUUGCUCGC